AUGGUACAAAAAGUCAGGAAAUCAAAAAAGAAGGUUGCGAGCAAGCCCAACACAUCAGCUAACGCGGCGAAACCAGCAGCUUCUGAACAACAGCCACCUAAAUCGCCAAUGCAAGAUGCCCAAAAUGAGCAGAAUUGGACACCUAUGCAACUCGAACAAAUAGAACUCUCCAAGAAGCUUGAUAACUACAUUUCAGGAUUUCAAAAGAAGCUUCUGCGCCUCAAUUUUCAGCCUUCUAACCGCGAGCUUGUCAUCUUAUUCAUCAUGAACUUACAUCCACGUUGGCGUCGUAUGGUCGAACCUGUGGAACUGUCUUGCUCAAGUUGGGUAGAGGCAGCUGCUUUUGCUCGACUGCAUUGCGCAAGAGUCUCUGCCAUUUUGGGAUGUGAGAAUAGAGCUGAUGCGAUAUUCAAGACAUCGGAGGUAAGGGCGUUGAGAGAUUCAGGUUACUUUGCGCCCGAUGAUGCAGACUUGAAACAUCAUACGCCAGAAUCAAUUGCACAUUUAUUGAAUCCGGAGGAAGACAACGAUUCUGAAAAGUCAGAUGCAGAGAAUAAAUUAGGAUCUUCGUCGCCUCCAGUACCUACUGUUUACAUGAAUAAUACCAUGUCAGUGUCACCUGUCAUCAAUGCUACUUCAGCGUCAACAGCACCGCCGGUAAAGUCAGCAUCAGUUGAAGCACCAACAGAUCAGAUUCGAAAUGUCAGUUCGCCCAAAAAGGUUGUUGACGAGAAGGAAGGCAAAUCAGCAGGAAGAGAGAAAGAAAAAGUUUCGCCAUCUGCAUUGCCCUCAGUCUCGCAAUCAUCUACAUCAGAGUCAUCACAAACUUUAAAGCCGGACGUCAAAGACUUGACUCCUGCCUCUACUGCUGCUUCCACUGCUGCUACCGCAUCUUCAUCUUCAUCUUCACCGCCACCGACAAAAGCACAAAUGCAAGCCAAAGUACAACAAGCCAUUAAGAAUCGAAAGGAAAAGGAAAAGGAAAAGGAGAAGAAGGCACAAACUCAAAUGCAGCAACAGAUGAAACAAUUGGAGAAAAUGAGCACGAUUACACCUGACCAGAUGGGAACAGUAUUGACCAACAUACCAAAGCAACAUUUAGGCAUCAAUUUAACCUUUUUAGAGCUGCCAGUCAAUGGUAAAAAGGUCAAGGGAUUAUUAGCAAAACUGUCGUGGGGAAGCUCUGCUAUAUCUGUCGAUUGUGCUCAACGAUUAGGUUUAAAGAUGAAACCAAGCGACCAUUUAUGCAUCAACACAGAUUUUGGUUAUGUGGAUUCCGUUGGUAUUUUGACUCUGCCUAUUCAUCACCCUGCAGAUCCAACUGGAACAAAGUCUGAAAUGAAUAUUCAGGUCUUACCCAUGAUUUACGGUGGAAAAGUGGAUCUUGUGCUUGGCGCAGACUUCUUUUGUUUUUAUAAUCCCACUUUAAAUAUCAGAACAAGAGCCAUUUGUUUCUUGGAAAAGGAAACCCCCUACAUCGUUGAAAAGCUCGUAGAAUAG